AUGGCUCUUGCUCUCCUCUUGGCAGCGAUCCUGGGAUUUGUUAUUGCCAGGGCUGUUUUGUUUCAGCUGAGAAACCCGAGCUCCCCUCCCUGCAUCAGGAGCUGGAUCCCUUGGUUUGGAGCUGCGUUUCAGUUCGGGAAAGCUCCCCUGGAGUUCAUUGAGCAAGCCAGAAGCAAGCAUGGGCCUGUAUUCACCAUAUUCGCUCUGGGAAAACGGUUUACUUUUGUGACUGAGGAAGAAGGAGCUGAAGCAUUUUUUAAAUCUGAAGACUUAAAUUUUGAACAGGCAGUACAGCAAGCUGUCGAGAAUGCAGUUUCUGUCCCUGCAGAAGCAUUUUAUCGGAACCACGGUAACCUCUACAGCAUGAUGAAGGGAAAAAUGGGUCCUUCUAAUCUGCACAUGUUCACGGGCACUUUGUGUGAGGAACUGCAUGAGCACAUGGCACACCUGGGCACGGAGGGCACAGGCGACCUCAGUGACCUGGUAAGGCGUGCCAUGUAUCCAGCAGGGGUGAACACUUUGUUUGGGAAAGGCAUCUGCCCGACAAGUCAGAGUGAAAUCAAGGAGUUUGAAGAACAUUUUCAGAAGUACGACGAGGACUUCGAAUACGCUUCUCAGAUGCCAGAGUGCUUCCUGAGGAGCUGGUCUAAAUCCAAAAAAUGGCUUCUAAAAUUAUUUGAGAAAGUAGUGUCAGAUGCUGAAAGGACCAACCCUUCAGAGACCACAUCCAAGACACUACUGCAACAUCUCCUCGAUAACUUGCAAGGAAAACAUCUAGCUCCCAAGUAUGGCCUCCUGAUGCUCUGGGCUUCCCAAGCCAAUACUGUCCCUAUUGCGUUCUGGACCCUUGUUUUCAUACUCUCUUAUCCUUCCAUUUACAACAAAAUCAUGGAAGACCUGGCUUCUGUUUUUGGCAAAGCAGGUAAAGAUAAAAUAGAAGUUUCUGAAGAGGAACUUAAGAAACUCCCUUUUAUUAAGUGGUGCACUUUGGAAGCCAUACGGCUGAGGUCUCCGGGUGCAAUCACUAAGAAAGUAGUAAACCCAAUAAAAAUUCAGAAUUUCACCAUCCCUGCAGGUGACAUGCUGAUGUUGUCGCCAUACUGGUUACACAGGAAUCCAAAAUACUUUCCUGACCCAGAAAUGUUCAAACCUGAUCGUUGGAAAGAGGCAAAUUUAGAGAAGAAUGCUUUCUUGGACAGCUUUGUGGCAUUCGGAGGAGGGAAGCAUCAGUGUCCAGGAAGGUGGUUUGCCAUCAUGGAAAUCCAGUUGUUCGUUGUGCUAUUCCUACACAAAUAUGAAUUUGUGCUUUUGGAUGCGGUACCAAAGGAGAGCCCUUUACAUUUGGUGGGGACACAGCAACCCACGGCACCAUUCCGGGUCCAGUAUAAAUGCCGGGAAUGA